AUGAACCGGAUGAAAGCCCCAUAUGCCACAAUAGUUGACAAUCCCGACUUUGACCCGGCCACAUACGCCGAUAAGCUCGAUCGUGCUCUGAAAGCAAGCGAUAAAGAUGCCAUCGUCAAAAUACUGACGUCGAUCAGCAAUAAUCAGCGUCAAAUGGUCAGUUAUGCAUGGACAAAAGCAUUUCCUGUGUUCGUAAAUUAUUCAAUUCAAGGUUGCUGGGAAGGCUAUAAACCCAGCUAA